AUGUACGCCUGUGCAAAGUUCGUCUCCACGCCGGCUCUGGUCCGUGCUGGUUCCCGGGCUCUUUACAGACCCCUGUCUGCCUCUGUGUUGUCCAGGCCUGAGGUCAAAACAGAGAACACUGUUGCAUUGAUGCCACAAAGCCCUCUUACUCAGGUCACACUGAGGAGCUUCCAGACAAGCGCAGUGAGCAGGGACAUCGACACCGCAGCCAAGUUUAUCGGAGCCGGAGCUGCCACGGUCGGUGUUGCUGGAUCCGGUGCUGGAAUUGGAACAGUCUUUGGCAGUCUGAUUAUUGGCUAUGCUAGGAACCCAUCUCUGAAGCAGCAACUGUUCUCCUAUGCCAUCCUGGGAUUUGCCCUGUCUGAAGCCAUGGGACUUUUCUGUUUGAUGGUGGCUUUCCUCAUCCUGUUUGCUAUGUAA